AAAAGUAACAGUCAAUAUUGUUCUUAUAAUCAGGCAAAGGAAGGGCAGCCUAGCGGCUUCUUCCACGUGUUGCAGGACCCCAAGAUGUCCAUGCUUGCUGAGCCUCGCCGAAAGCAGAAGUGGUCUGUGGACCCGAGGAACAGCACUUGGAGCAAAGAUGAGUCCAAGUUUGGCCAGAAAAUGCUGGAGCGAAUGGGCUGGUCUAAAGGAAAGGGUCUUGGCAAAAAUGAACAGGGUGGCACAGAACACGUCAAAGUUAAAGUGAAGAACAACAGUUUGGGUGUAGGGGCCACAGUCUACAACGAGGAUAACUGGAUUGCCCAUCAGGAUGAUUUUAAUCAGCUUCUUGCUGAACUCAACGACUGCCAUGGCCAGAACAGCGCUGAAGAAGCCGCCAAGGAACAGACACAAGGAUUCAGUCUGGAGGAGAAAUCCAAGACCUCCAAAAAAAGGGUCCAUUACAUGAAAUUCACCAAAGGAAAGGACCUGUCCAAUCGCAGUGAGACAGACCUCGCUUGCAUCUUUGGGAAAAGAUCAAAACAGGCCAGAAAUGAGGAGGAGGCAAGCAGAGGUCCGGAUUCUCAGGAGGAGAAAGAACAGGAUGACAGUGACCAGGACCGGGCGUCCAGUCCAGAGCUGCAUGUGACCAGCGCACUGACCAUGCAAGAAUACUUUGCGCAGCGGAUGGCUCAAUUAAAGAAAGGCCAGUCUGCCGCCUCCUCUCCAGCAGCCAGCAGCAACCCGCUUUCUCCGGCCACAUCUGCAUCCACUGACGAGUCUCCCAGCACCAGCGACGUAGAACAGCGCAAGAAGAAAAAGAAGAAGAAGAAGAACAAGAAGGAUGAUGGACAGGAGGAUGAGGAAAAGGUGAAGGAAGCCAAAGAACCUCCAUUGACAGACAUGGUUGUUGACACAGAGCAGGGUAAUUCGGAGAGGAAGAAGAAAAAGAAGAAAAAACGAGCAGCAGAGGAAUGCAGCAUCCUGACAGCUAUAGAUGACACAGCUGGAGAUAUGGCUGCGUUUUCUACAGACAAGAAGAAGAAAAAGAGGAAAGACAAAGAUGCGCCUACUCACGCACCUACAGAUUCAGCCAGUGAACGUGAAGAAACAGAAGUAGUAAUGGACACUGAGGUUUCUAGUACAAAGAAAAAAAAGAGGAAGAGGAGUGAACAGUUAGGUGAGCAGGUAGAAGUAGUGGUUGGGGAAAAGAAACUCAAAAAGGACAAGAAAAAGAAGAAAGCUGAUAGUUAAGGCAUUAUACAUAAUACUUUGGUAUCUCCAUGAAUUUUAAAGUCUCUAAAAUAAACAGCAAUGAUGCUCACAA